AUGGCCCUAUCCAACCACCGCCAGGACCGACCAAGGAGCCGCUCCCCGCCCCGAAAGCCCGCCUACUCGCCCUCUCCUCCCCGCAGAGAUCGCCCGCGAAGCAGAUCUCCGAGACGAAGACAUGAUGAUAGACCUAGACCAUCGGGCGGUGGGUUCAGGUGGAAGGAGAAACCGCGGUAUGACGAUGAUGAGAUGGACGGGCGGGGGGAGAGGAGGUUGGAGAGAGGGUAUAGGGAACAAGAAAGGGAGAGGCCGCGGCCGAGGUCGCCUGAUCGGAGGGAUGGUAGGGGGAGGGAGAGGGACGGUGAUGUCGAGAGGAAGUUUGGGAAGGGGAGGGAUGUCGAGGAUAAAUUUGGGGGGAGGCAUGAUGGGGCAGCGAAUUCUGGGAGUAGAGAUGCAGACAAGCCCCAGGAAAAACCAAAAAAGGAAAGGAAACCCGCGCCUGCGCCAUCAGGGGAGCCCAUGAUCAUCGUCAACGUCAACGACCGCCUGGGGACGAAAGCGAGCAUUCCCUGCAUGGCGAGUGAUCCGAUAAGGCUGUUCAAAGCAGUAGUCGCAGCCCAGAUUGGCAGACAGCCGCAUGAGAUUAUGCUGAAGAGGCAGGGAGAGAGGCCUUUCAAGGAUCAGCUUACGCUGGAGGAUUAUGGGGUUAGUAACGGGGUGCAGCUGGAUCUGUAUGUUCACAUCUGCCUUUUGGGGUUGACUUGA